UUAGCGCCAUGCUUUCCUGACGUUGUGCUAUUGUCUGGGAUUGAUCCGAUUAGGAGGCAAGAAAGGUUGGAUUUUCUCUACGAGUCAGGAUUGGCGGUGGGAAAGGGGAGCUCAGAUGGGUUCAAGGCUCUUCAAGCACCACCAGCGGCGGCUUCCACUACCUCAACAUCCGAGGCUAGUUCCACCAAGCUGUUGGACGCAGUAAUACAAACGAAGAAUUGUUGUUCGAAUUAUAAGCAUACCACAUCUUCAAUUGAAUCACUAAUCUUUUCAAUUUUACAGGUAGAAGAUGAGAAAAAGAAGAAGCAAGAUAAGAAAGAAAAGAAAAGGCAUUCGAGAUACACUCACGAGAAAGAUGGUACAAGGUCUAAUUAUUCUGCAUCUGAACAACAUCAUACUGAUUCUGAGCUUGGCAUGGAAGACAAGAACAGGGAAACCAACAGGCAAAGAGAACAACCUGGAUAUAACCGUCGUCGGGUUGUACCAAAGAUGUCGGAGGAAGAGAGAGCAGCUCGGCUAAGAGAGAUGCAACUGGAUGCAGAACUCCACGAGGAGCAAAGGAUGAAGCGGUUGAAGAGAGCAACGGAGGCUGAUGCCCAAGAAGCAAUGAGGGCAAGCUUUUCAAGAGGCAAGAAUUUUUUGGUUGCUGCCCAAAAUAGCAUAUAUGGAGCUGAAAAGGGAGGGAGUGCUACGAUAGAAGAGAGUGUCCGUCGUCGUGCUUACUACUCGCAGGGAAGCUCAGCAGCCCAUGAGAGCAAUGCAUUUCGACGGUGAGCAUGUUCCUGUCAUAUGUCAUCGUGUUGAAUCUGCAUAUGCACAAUUAUUCUGUUUUGAUCAGAUUCUUUAUGGAUUUAAUAUUGCCCAAAGGCAUCUCUGUAUGCAAGAUAGCACGCCCGACUAGCAACAUCUCAAGCAGUGAACACACCAACGUCAAAUACUACUAGUCAGAGAUCAGUUUGACUUGUUGGAGGGCUUUUAUCAUAAAUUAUAUGAAAGGUCCAGCUAGUAGCAGUGUAUGCAUCUGUAUUUUGGUCGGUGUUUGUGUCGUCGCUAUGAAGCAAAGCUCUUAAACCAACAGUUCAUUGGAGCGGUGGGCUUAAGGAAACAAUGCAAAGCUCAGAGUAGUGAUACUAUCUAGCUUUUCUAGUAAAAGUCUGUUUGUGCGCACGGUUGCUUUCUUAGAUGAUCUUUUCUCACAAAUACAUACUGACUUUGCAGAGUACUAAGAAUCCAUUUUAUGUGAUUGUAUCUUCAUAAC